AUGUCUUUUCAAAAAGUGAAUGUCGACAAGUGGGUAAAAAAGCAUCACAAAGUUUUCCAUCUUAUGGCUCCCUCUACUACUUAUUGCAUUAUCGGUGCUGGGCCUUCCGGUUUAUGCACCGCUAAACACGCAUUGACCUUUGAUCAUAACGCCACGGUGAAAGUGUUCGAGCAGUCUCAAAAAAUCGGUGGCCUUUGGGCGUAUUCUGAGAAAACCGGAAAGGAUGUGAACGGUUUGGACAUAACGUGUAUGUAUGCGAACCUUCGCACCAACCUCAUUAAACACGGCAUGGGAUAUCCGGACUACCCAAUCGACGAACAAGCUGGAACGUUCGUGACUAUCAGCGAUGUGAUAAAGCAGCUGGAGGGCUACGUUGAUAAAUUUCAAUUGAAAAAAUAUAUUUAUUUCCAACAUCAGGUUGUGCGUGUGGUUAGAAAUUUUGAAUCCAGUCAGUGGAACGUAUUGGUAAAAGACUUGGCUAGCGAUCAGUUCACUAUGCACCAAUUCGAUUUCGUUCUGGUGUGCAAUGGCCACUACAGUUCUCCGAUUGUACCAUCUUUUCCCGGACGGAGUAUAUUUCGUGGACGGCAGCUACAUAGCAAAGAUUACCGGCGCGGAGAAAAUUAUAGAGGUGAGCGCGUCCUGGUAAUUGGUGGAGGUCACAGUGGAAUGGAUAUUGCGCCCGACAUUGCAGUGUACGCUGAUAAAGUUGUCCUGAGUCAUCGUUGUAAAGUUCCGGUUCAUACCGGCGAUCAUGUAGUACAGAAGCCCGAAGUUGCGCGCCUAACGCUAACCGGUGCUGAGUUUGUGGAUGGCACAGAGGAGCAUUUCGACACAAUCAUCUACUGCACGGGGUAUCGCUAUUCGACACCAUUUCUCUCCGUAGAUUGCGGAGUAUCGCUCCACGACAAUGCCAUCAGUCCCUUGUAUUAUCACUGUAUUAACAUCAAUCAACCGACUAUGGCCUUUAUCGGGUUGCCAUUCAAUGCAUGUCUAAUGCUAAUGAUGGAUCUACAAGCCAGAUUUUGCAUGACCUUCUUCAGUGGUCAGAAACCGUUGCCGAGCAAGCAAGAAAUGCUGGACGCAUGGCAACAGGAUCAAGACGAACGAAAGGUGCGUGGAUUAACCGGUAAACUAACGCAUAUGCUGGCUGGCGAUUUACAGCAACGAUACUACGAUGAUGUCGCACACAUUGCCGGUAUCGAAUCUCUUAAACCGGUGCUAGCCAAAAUGCAUGCUGAUUGCAUCAACAGUAAAAAUGAGGAUGUUAAUUUUCGCAACUUUGACUAUCAUAUCAUUGAUGACGAAAACUUUAUAAAAGUAAAGAUACCCCCGAAAUCGGUAUCCUCAAGUAUUGCUUAG